GUGUUUACACUCCAUUGUGGUACUUACGUUACUGUUACGUUGAGAAUCAAGAAAGCAGAUGAGUCACCGAUAUAAUUUGCGAAGUAUUGAGGAAGUCAAAAAAAUCUGCGAGAAAGAAGAAACAGAACAAGGCAAUGACCGGCUGUCUUCGGAUGACGAAAGCGAUCACAUAGAAGAAGUAACAAACUCCGAAUCUGAAGAAACUGUAUCUGACUUGGAAACCACAGAUGAAAGUGAAUCAGAGUCUGCAAGUCAACAACAACAUAAGGUCCCGACUGGAAGGAAACGUGGAAGGCCAACUACUCGAGGCACUGCAACGUCUUGUCGUCCUAGGAAACCCAGUGUCAUUCAUGGACACGACGGGUACCAGUGGUACUCAGCGGCACGAGAAAAAGUACAUCACCAAGAUCAUGUUUCGAGUUUUUUACCGGGUCCAGUUGGGGAAGCAUGGAAUGCUAGAACUCCACUCGAAGCAUGGAGUUUACUCUUGAAUAACACUAUCCUGGAAAAAAUCGUUCUUCAUACAAAUGAAGAAAUUACACGAUACCGAGAUUCAGUAGAAACAGAAAAUUAUGUAAAUCAUGUGUACAGCAACGUGGGAUUGGAUGAACUGAAAGCGUUCAUCGGAAUACUUUAUUUCUCGGGCUUGCAGAAAACAUCUUCUACAAACGUUGGUGACUUGUGGUCUGCUGAUUAUGGUGCGGUAAUAUAUCGCGCAACGAUGUCGAGUCGCAGAUACAACUUCCUCUCGAGGAUGAUACGAUUUGACAAUAAAUAUACCAGACCACAGCGAAGACAAAUAGAUAAAUUUGCCCCAAUACGCGAAGUGUGGGAAUCCUUUAUCUCUAACUGCACGAAGUUUUACACGCCAGCAUCGUAUUGCACAAUUGAUGAACAAUUGGUUUCAUUCCCGGGACGUUGUCCAUUUAAAGUGUACAACAGGUUAAAGCCUGAUAAAUACGGCAUAAAAAUUGUCAUGUUGAAUGAUUCACAGACAUUUUAUAUGUACACCGCAGAGCCAUACGUAGGGAAAGUGACGACGGAGCCUGACGAGAGUGUUCCAUCUUACUACUUGCGAAAAUUAUCCGAGCCGCUUCAUGGGACCUCAAGAAAUCUGACGUGUGAUAAAUGGUUUUCUUCCAUUGAGAUCUUUGACAAGAUGUUACAAGAUCAUUCCCUAACAAUGGUCGGUACAAUCAAAAGAAAUAGAAGACAAAUUCCUGCUAGUUUUAGAAAAGCAGGGCCUGUUUCAUCCGUAAGAUUUGCAUUCGAUGAGAGCAAAUCAUUAGUUUGUUACACUCCAAAAAAGAAGAAAAUUGUUCUCUUACUUUCAACCUUCCAUCAAACUGCUGAAAUCGAUCAGAAGUCACAAAAACCAGAAAUUAUCAAAUUUUACGACUCAACAAAAGGUGGCACAGAUACAUUUAAUCAAAUGUGCCACGAGUAUACCACAGCGAGAAAAACGUUACGAUGGCCUAUGAGAAUUUGGAUGGCCAUGCUCGAUCAAGUAGGCAUCAACGCAAUGGUGCUCUAUAAUUUUAAUGGGAACAACCAGUUACUGGCUAGAAGACAGUUUUUGAAAACUUUAGUUAGAGCGUUGAUCGAGCCGCAUCUUCGCGCGAGACUACAGAUUGUAAAUCUACGUCGGAACUUGCGAUUGUAUAUCGAAGAAAUUUUGGACAUUGCAGAGCCUAUGGUCCGCGCAAAGUGUACCCCUGGAAAGCGGGCAAGGUGUGCAUUUUGCCCAAGAUCUAACGAUCGAAAAUCCCGGACAGUUUGUGCAAACUGUAAUCGGGUUCUGUGCGAAGACCAUCGUACACUGUACUGCCCGCUCUGCAGCGUACGUGACUAACCAUUUUACGCAACAUUAUCUCUUCACUGUAUCAUUUCGGUAUUUUCAUACUUUUUCGAUGUGAAAUAUAAAUUAUAAGGUGCGACAAAAAUAUUUAUCGUGGAUUAUCAUUGAAUUUUCCUAGUUCCCAAUUUCAGAAAUUUGCCGACACU